UGCGCGUGCUGCCAGAUUCCUCGCGGCGACGUUCGUCAGGUUCAUCGUUCCAUCGCGAAAAAGGAAUCAAGGUCUAGCAGCCUUCGAGUUCACCGCGGUUCGACAUCCUAUAGCGCCAUCUUGUUCUCGCCAACCCUUUCAGCGAGGUAUACAGGCGCUACGGCUGUUUGUGAAUUCUUUCCAGGCAUCGCAUCUUCCUUUGUAGCCCGAAGUCGAGGCGGCGAUCUCUUGUGACCCCCGUGUAGACAUUUCACUGGACGGCGAGGUCGGUAGCAAACCGCGCGUCACGUCAGCAAUGGACAGCACAACGGAGAAGCCCUAUUCCUACUUACGGCCGCGACCUCUGAAAAUGCCAAAGCGAGCCCUGGAGCAUAUCUUGUUCCCGAACUGCCCACGGUUCCCCGAGCUAGACAACAUAAAGCUCCCCGAGACGGAUGCGAGUCAACGAGAGGCAACCGGAACAUCUAAAAAGACGUUCACCGCAGCUCCUGUGGUCGCUGCGCCAGCGCCGAAAGAGCCAGCGGCGAAGGCCCCAGCCGUCCGAGCUGUCCGCUGGUCCAGCGAUCCACUGCCCGCACGGUCUAGUACCAUGUUUACUACAGAAAAGGACAGGAAAAUGGAGGCGUCGCUACCGGUAACCAAAGAAAAUUCACCGGUCACGGCAAAAGAAUCGCCGGAAGCGGACAAAAAGACUCCACCGGUCAAGGAAAAAGAGUCACCGGAAGCCUCCCAGAAGACUGAGGAUAGCUCCGAAGAACGCGAGGACACAGAAAACCCAGAAGACCUGGAAUCGUCGUUGACGUGGAAGGGCUCCGUAGCGGAGCAGAAAAACGCGCCGAUGAUCGUUUUCGCCUUCGUCGCCGUGUUGAUCGUGGCCUUCCUGGUCAUUACGUCCGUCCUGCUGGCCCGGCCGCCUGUCGACCAUUAUCGCGAUGCUGAUAGCACCGGAAGUAUGCGUCCUUCGGGAGACGCCGGAAGAAAGAAGGGUCGAAGUGGCGGUGAAGAGGCGGGGGAGGACGUGGCCGCGGAUCUCGUGACAGCGCUACCGGAGACAGUCGCGACUCGCAAACGAUCGUUCAGCCUCGCAGGCUACGGUGACGCCAACGGACCCGACGGGGACGCGACCUCCGUGGAUUGCGACACCGAGUCGUGUCGAUGGGAGAGCCGACUUGUGAACGAUAUGCUCAACGUGACGGCGGACCCGUGCGAGGACUUCUACGCCUACGUCUGCUCGGCCUCCUGGGAACGUUCCAGCGAUGACCUUCCUUACAGGGCAGCAGGACGGGCCUUUCUGAUCAACGAGGUCACAAGGUACUUCCAGGAACACGCUCAUUCGGUGCCACCCGCUGCCACAAGAGACGUCAUUCACGGCGAGCAUAACUUCCUGGAUCACUCUAGCAUUGUGCUGAGUGGCUGUCUGGAGAACACGGUGCCCAAAGGCGUCGACCGUUGGGACGGCAUCCGAGGCCUACUCAGAGACGUCGGUCUUGAGGAGUGGCCGUACGUCGAACCGCAGCAGCAGUAUUUCCAGCUCGAAAGGGUCCUGAAGCUGAUCGACCGACAGAUGGCUGUUUUUCCCAUCGUCUACGUCUUUUUGCAGAAGCUGUCCGACGGUGGUCCUUACGUCCUUCAUCUGGACGCACCGAGGGACUUCGUGUGCGUGCAGUACAAGAUGCAGAAGACGGACAAGUCUCUUCCUUACAAGGAAGUCAUCCGGCAGACUUUGACACUCUGGAAGACGCUGCCCCGAAGCGGAGCACUUGCCGAUGACGUCAUACACUUCGAAGCGCAACUGCUGGAGGCGUCGAAGCCUGUCGCCAAGCCACUGUGGAGGAAAGACGCCGUGUACCCCAUUAAGACAUUCCCGCAGCUUCCCAAUUUCCACGUGGACGCUUACCUUUCACACCUGCGGCGACGCCAUUCGGACGAGGUUGUGGUGCUCAACGAGGCAUACGUCAGCAACCUCUCGGCCAUCCUGCGCAAUCCCACUCCGCGGACUAUUCUCAAUUUCCUCGGCUUCCGCGUCGUCGGGCAAGUGGCUCCGCUGCUGCCGCAGGAAUCGAUCCCGCUAGGCCUGGUGCGCAUGGGCUAUCCAAGCUUCCAACAUCACGUGAAUCCCAGGACUCAGAGUUGUUUCCACCUGGUCAAUCGACUCUUCCCGCACGCCAUCCGGUGGAUCUUGCGGGACAUACUCGCCAAGACACCCGACCUGGAUCGCCAGUGGGCCGUCACGACCAAGAACAUGGUCUCAUCGCUGGCGCACACCUUUCGCGAAGGCGCCGUCUGGACGCAAAGCGUCGACGUUGCCGAUAGCAUCACGCGGCUCAAAGCUCUGCAGGUGGCCUACCUCGCGGGCCGGGAGAGCGAAGAACGACUCGACGAGUACUACGCGUCCGCGAAUCUCACGUACGGACCGAAAAAUUUAGUCCGCUACUACGGAGAGCUGCUGGCCAUCAGUCUGUACAGGUACUGGAGUUCGAGCACGGGCGACGGCAACUACGACGCGCGCCACAGCCCGCGCUCCAGCGACCUCGAAGUCGCCUGGACACGCGCUCCAGAGUCGACGCUCGGCGUGUACCUGACAUCGAGCGGCGUGGCCUCUGCGGCGCUGGUCACGCGAGGCGGGUACCCAUCCACGCUCUUCCCGCUGCUUGCGGCCGACGUGACGCGGGCGCUUUUCUCGUGCUCGCUCGACGAGCCGCAGUGGUCCAGCUGGACGCGGGACCGGUUCGGCGAGCUCCGGUACUGCCUGCUGAAGCGGUACAAGCGCGGCGUGCGCAAGUUUCGCCUCUCCUCGAGCAACGUGCGCUACUUCCUCGCGGAGAUCCUCGCGGACAACGCCGCGGUCAAGCCCCUGAUGACGGCCUUCCGGCGUUUCUCGCACGGGACGACGCAUUACGGCCCCGGCGGACGGCGUUUCUCCAGCCGUACGCUGUGGCGGCUGUUCUUCGCCAACUACGCGGCCGGCUUCUGCGUUCCCAGAAGCGAGGCGGCGCAGGUCGACAAGCGCAUGCGCUAUCGUCUCAGCCUGCCGCCGAAGGUUCGGGUCAACUUGGCCCUCAUGGACGUGGAAGAGUUCCGGGAAGCGUUCAAGUGCGGGCGCGAGUAUGCGGCGCCGCAGUGCCCCGUGUGGAAGCGCAAGAGCGACGACGACAUCGGGAACGCUGUUGAGGCAUAGGGCGUGUGGUGCAGCACACGCUGCAGUUUGAGCGUGAACAGGAGGGCGUGCCUGAUGAGAGCACGCGUUCGUGCGUCACUGCGCUCAGGCGUCGCGUGGACACUACAUAUCCACGCGUCUCUCGCGCUCUCGUCUGGCAUCCGCUCUUUUAAAUUUUAAUCUUCUGCCCGGCGAGCUGCUGCGUUAAUAAACCCGACGGCGUUAAUAGGG